AUGGCGCUCACUUUGGCAGAUGGCGUAGAAAAAGAAGCAAGGCGAAUCAUAGCCUCUGAAAAUGCCUUUGACGCGCUCGCGCUAAACCCUGUAGACGCCAAGGGUGAGGUGGUGCUGAGGCGGUACGAGGAGAAGGUCGCCCCGCUUCGGCGGUUGGUGCGGAAUCGGCUGGCCAUGGAGGCCAAGGCCCGACUGGACCACGCCAAAAUUGUGCUGCUGGAUGACGUGCUUCGCGCGAAGGAGCUGCUUCGCUUCAACAGCCAACAACGAAGUGCCGUGCAGGAACGCGAGGAGUUGAAGGCCCUCGAGGCACGCACCAAAAUGCUGGAAGCGCGUGCCGCUGCGCUGUCGGCGUAG